UAUAUAAAAUAUUUACUCGUUUUCUCUCUCUACUUUCAACGGGCAAGGUUUUUCGCAGCUCGGGUAUUUUCUCUCUCUAAAUUCAGAGAUUUUUAGUUUUCUUAGGGCUUGGGAAUCCGAGGAGCUAGUUUCUCAAUUGGUGAGCUGUGAUCAAUCGAAGAUUUAUGCGAGGUUUUGAUUUGUCUUCGUACGAUGUUCUUGGCUACGGAGUUUUGUGCUGUGAUUGGGGCUUUUAAUUGUCGAUUAUCAUUUGUUUAUGAGAUCUGGACUUAGUUUAGUAUUCGAGCUAAAGAUUUUAUUUUUCUUUAAUUCGAUUGGAGUUGUUAUUAUAGUGGCAAUUCGUUUUGAGCUUAUUGGAUUGGUUAAAUUCAGGAAGUUUAGGAUUAUGGAAUUGUGAUGAAGUAUAGGGAUUAAUGGCAGAGGUAAAAUUGGAUGAAUUUUGCCUUGAGAACAAGGAAUCUGCUGUUGCUUCAAGCUCCUCUGUUUCGGAGAAUAGUAGUAGCACCGCACUAAAGUCGCCUGGGGUAACUAGUCCAAGAAGUGUUUCUCCAGCCCAUAGACGAACUACCGGCCCAAUUAGAAGAGCAAAAGGAGGUUGGACUCCAGAGGAGGACGAUACAUUAAGAAAAGCUGUUGCAGCUUUUAGAGGGAAGUCUUGGAAGAAAAUAGCUGAGUUUUUUCCACAUAGAUCAGAAGUGCAGUGCCUGCAUCGAUGGCAAAAGGUUCUGAAUCCAGAACUUGUAAAAGGUCCAUGGACACCAGAGGAGGAUGAGAAAAUCACAAAGCUAGUGGCUAAAUAUGGACCUACAAAAUGGUCUGUCAUAGCAAAGUCAUUGCCAGGUCGAAUUGGAAAGCAGUGCCGUGAGAGGUGGCAUAACCAUUUGAAUCCGGAUAUUAAGAAGGAUGCUUGGACUUUGGAGGAGGAGCUUACUCUGCUUAAUGCUCAUCGGAUCAAUGGGAACAAAUGGGCUGAAUUAGCUAAGCUUCUGCCAGGAAGAACCGACAAUGCAAUAAAAAAUCACUGGAAUAGCUCAUUGAAGAAGAAGCUAGAUUUCUAUUUGGCUACAGGGAGCCUCCCUCCAGUAGCUAAAAAUGUUCUUCUAAAUGGUGCUAGGGAUAUCGGUAGGUCAACUUUAGUGGGAUCACCUUUUUUGGCUUUAUGCGAUACUACUGAUUUAUGUAAAGUUGAAGAUGGGAAGGAUAAGCUAGAUGCCAUUACCGCUGAUCAUGAUGUUGCUGCCUAUCAGCAGAGUGAGUCUAGGAAUCCUGAGUGCACAAACUGUCUGGCAAUGCCUUCAGAAGCUGUGAUUAACCGUUCAAAUACAGAAUCUGAGUUUGAGAGACAUAGAAUAUGUGGAGAAGUUGAUCAAUACCGAAUUAUUGGAGCAGCAGUGCAUUGUGAUUCUCCAAUUUAUGGGACAUUAUAUUAUGAGCCACCAGUAUUGGACAGCCAAGAGCAGCUAGGUUCAAAUAUUGGAAAUAAUUUCUCGAUGCAGUCAGAAUCAGACAUUAGUGCCACGGCGUUGUCACCUACACCUUUCAUUACUCCACCAAGUGUAAAUAGUAGAAGCUUGUAUACACAAACUCCUGAAUCUAUACUGAAAAUUGCUGCAAAAAGCUUUCCAAUUACUCCAUCCAUACUAAGAAAGAGAAAGUCUGAGCAGCAGCAGCCUAAGGAAACAGUUUUGUCUAAUAGUGAGCAUGACCAAACAAAUAGUUCUGAGAAUACGGGGCUGCAGAACAACAGCUUAUGUGAAAAUCCUACUUGCAAUAAUGAAGAUGGGUUAAGCAGCAAUAAGUCAUUUAAUUCAUCUCCUCCUUAUCGAUUAAGAUCUAAAAGGACUUCAGUUCUUAAAUCUGUUGAGAAGCAGCUCGAUUUCACUACUGCCAUGGAACAAGAUUUUCUUGAUAAUAACCCGAAAGAUGGAGAGGUUAAGAAAGUUCCUCCUGUAACAAAGUUCGUCUACACGCGUCAAAGGCGGGGAUGAUUUGUUUCUCAAUGUCUUUUCUGUAGUGCAUGAUUGUUACGCCCACAAAACUGGAGCAUUAAUCACCGUUAACUGAAGGGAACCAGAGGCAACAGGCAGGCGAAAGUGCUAUUGUUCUCAGGUUUGGAUGUGGGUAUAUCAUGGGUAUAGGUUGCAGAUAAACAGGUUCUGCGAAGAUGGAUACGCUUCUUCUUCAUUUUCUGAUUAUAUUUAAGAUAAAUAUUCCUUCUGAUAUCUUUCAAACUCUAAUUGAUUUUGUAUAGGAACCCUCUCAAGAUAGAUUCUGUAUUAUAGUUUUUCUUGAUAUAGAAUAAGUCUUCUUCCCUCAUGCUCUAGGGAAAUUUGUAGAAUAUAAUGCAGUUCCUUGAUAUAGAAUAAAGUCUUCUUAGUUAGGGAAAUUUGUGGAAUAUUAUUAUUAGCAGAGUCUUGGUAGUUGGUAGUGUUUGCGGCUUAACCCAGAAAUUAAAGAUUUCCACUCUAUUUUAUGCAA